AUGGCCUCCGAAGGAUCCUCCGUCGUCAUGCCUACAUCUCCACUGUGGACAAAUCCCGUCCACACCAAUCGAAUGGAUACCGGACAGCUGUCCCCUAUCAGCACCGAACUCGAUAUCCCUCCCGUGGGCAUAGGCGCGUCUUCCGUGCCGACUAUGAUUCACUCCGCUACUUCGUCGAGCGCAGAGUCCUGGAGCACUAGCUAUAGUGAUGGUGCCGACAUGGGCGAAGACACCGAGAACGACGUAUCAUGGGAGAAGAGCUCAGAUGACGUGUUGACGGUUCCCAAGAUAGAGCCCCUUGAAGACGAUGGUUUUCAGAUGGACGAGGUUAAAGAAGCCCCCCGCACACCAAUGCCGGACUCAAAUACCGUCCCAGCGUUACAGGCGAAGCUGAAGAGACCGAGAGGCCGGCCCCGAAAACACCCCCUCACACCCCAGGUAGCGACGAAUAAGAUAGCCAAAGGCCGGUCCAAGACUGGAUGUAUCACAUGCCGGAAAAGAAAAAAGAAAUGCGACGAAGCAAAGCCGCGUUGCUUAAAUUGCGAGAAGAAUGCUGUCGUGUGUGAAGGGUAUCACGAAAAGACCAUCUGGAAGAGUGGGAGGGAGAGGGCAGAAGAAGAGCGACAGAAGCGACACAGUUUGCCACAUAUUACUCUCCAGCCCAUAUUCCAGGGAGUUGAGACGCCCGAAGACAUAAUCUUCCUCAACCACUACAUCAGCCACUUAAGCGGCGUGCUCACGGUUGAGGGGCAGCACAAGAACGCUUUCAAGGACAUGCUCCUCCAGAUGGCCGUGGAACAUCGAGGCCUAAUGCACUCGAUCCUAUCCGUGGCCAGCAGACAUAUCGACUACGACACCCCAUACGGCAUCAAAAUACUCAGCUCCAAUCCGAAAAUCAACAUGUCUUCAUUAGUAGCCAGGUCUCAGUUCCACCACAACGAGGCCAUGAAGAAGCUCUGCGAACCCGUGGGCAACGAAAAUGAUCCGAAGAACAAGGCGAACCUAUCUCCCCGCUACGGACAGAUGCUCUGCCUCCUCCUCCAAACGCUCGCAGAAGGCAACCCCAACGGCGAGCACCGGGUGCACCUCCAGGCCUACAAGAACCUCAUCCAGCAGUCCCCGCCCCCGGACAACGCCUUCCUGAUAUUCAUCACCGAGUUCUUCCAGUACCGGGUCUUCGCCGACGAACUCAUACGUUACCACGACCUCCGCACCCCGCGCCUGGCAACCGAGGACUGGGAGCCGUGGUUGGCGAUACAGCCGGCACGUCUGAUCGGCGUGGCGGACGGGCUGUUCCACUACCUCGCCCAGAUUACCACGAUCCGGAACGUCAUCCGCUCGAAUAUGGCCGCGGAGGUCGACCCCGUCGUCGACUACACGUCGCUAUACCGCGCCGCCGAGAUCGACUCCGCCAUACGCGAGUGGACGCCUCACUGGCCGCCGGGCGACAGCCGCGACCGCGUGGGUUUGCUGUACAAGCAAAUGAUGUGGGUAUAUCUCUUCCGGACGAUCUACCCGCCCUCCUCGACCACCUCGCCGUCCGCUGCUCUAUUCACGCAGCAGCAGCCGGCGACGACGACAGCCACGGCAAGUAUCAUCCCCUUAUCCCCGACCUCGCAGCCUCACUCCGCCCGCACGCCGCCGUCAUCAGCUUCGGACCGGCCCACGAGCAGCGGCCACACCACUGCCACCGCCACCUCCACCUCCACUGCCACCAUCAACACCAACACCACUACUACCAACACCAACACCAACACCAACACCAUCACCAACAUCACCACCCCCCCGCGCGGCGAGUCGCCUCCCCCCAUCCGCUACCCCCCGCACCACGACCACCGCAUCACCCUCGCCGUCGACGAGUCCCUCGCGAUCCUCGACUCCUUCAAGCCCAGCGACCCGGUGCAGACGCUCCUCCUGGUGCCGUGCCUCGUGAUCGGGUGCGCGUGCUUCGCGCCGGCGCAGCGCGAGCGCGUGCGCGGCGCGGUGCGCACGGUGCGCGGGUACACGGGGCUGCGCAACUGCGACCGCGUGGGCGAGGUGCUGGAGGAGGUGUGGCGGCUCAUGGAGCUCGGCGACUGGACGCGCGUGUGGGACUGGCAGGGCGUUGCGCGCGGCAUGGGCCUGGAUUUCUCCUGCGCUUGA